AUGUGGAUGUCCUUGGAAGAGAGCAAGAAUUUUGGAAUGCAAUGCAAUGCUAGAAGAAAGUGUAGGUUUAAGAUACAUUGCAGGAAGUUAAAAGGUGAGGCAACUUGGCAAAUUAAGAGUCUUAGGCUUAAGCAUAUAUGUGGGCACCAACAUAAGAACUCAAAGAUUACUUCACAGUACCUAACUGAGAGGUACCUUGAAGACUGGAGGGAUGACCCCACAUGGAAGCUAGCAUUCAUUAAAAGGGCAAGAAGAGAGUGUAGAGUAGAAAUAGGCUACUACUUAGCGUGGUAUGCUAGGCAGAGGGCAUUCAAGAUGAUUUUUGGGGAUGCAUAUUUGGAAUAUGAGAAGGUUUGGGAUUAUGCAGCUGUCAUUUUGAAGUAUAACCUAGGAAGUACAGGUGUUGUGAAGGUAGAUAGAGUGCUUAACCCCCAACCUAUUUUCCAGGGGUUAUAUGUGUGCUUUCAAGCCUGCAAGCAGGGAUUCAUGGCAGGAUGUAGACCAAUCUUGGGAGUGGAUUGUGCUCACUUGAAGGGGGCUUAUUCAAGCAUUCUACUGACAGCCGAGGGGAAAGAUGGCAACAACAACAUCUUCCCAGUAGCAUGGGCAGUUAUAGAAGUAGAAAAUGGGGAAACUUGGACAUGGUUUUUGGAGUUGUUAAGAAAGGACAUAGUAACAGUUGCGGACUCUGCAAAAGGGCCUAGUGGAUGCAUUGCUACAGUUAUGCCUGAUGCAGACACUAGGUACUGCUUCAGGCACAUUUGGAGCUACUUCAAGAACAAAUUCCCGGGGAUUGUCUACAAAGAGCACUUUUGGAAAGCUGCAAGGUCAACCAUAGAGCAUCACUUUAAGCAGCAUAUGCAAGAGAUCAAAAAGCUGAGUGUAGAUGCCUUUAACUGCUUACAAGCCAUUUCACCUGCUCAUUGGUCAAGACACAAAUUCAACUCCUCCUCCAAGUCAGGUAUGCUCUUGAACUAUUAUUGUGAGAGCUUCAACAAUGUUCUCAAAGAAGCUAGAACCAAGCCUAUUCUGCAGUUGAUAGAGUGGGUAAGAAGAUAUGUAAUGGGAAGGUUUUUUGCAAAAAAGGAAGGGCUCAAAUCUUUCACUAGUGUGAUCAUGCCAACUGUUUUGAAAAUGGUGCAUAGAGGUCUGCAACAAGUGUCCAACAUGAGAGUAAGUCAAGCUGACUUAAUGGAGUUUGAAGUUGAUGACUUAGAAUACACUUAUGUUGUUAAUUUGGAAACCAAAUCUUGUAGCUGCAAUAGAUGGACACUUAUGGGAAUUCCUUACUGGCAUGCACUUGCCUAUAUUCAAUUGAGAAGGCUUGACAUUGAGAACUUCAUCCACCGAGCUUAUCAUGUGGAGACCUACACCAAGGCAUAUGCUCCAACUUUUAAAGCAAUGCCUGGUCAUCAGCAGUGGGAAGUCACUCCUUAUCCCAGGCCAUUACCUCUUGUACACAGAAACUUACCUGGCAGGCCUUCAAGUAAGAAGAGAAAGAAAGAAGCUGGAGAAGAUAAAGAGAGGAAGAAUGUUAAGAGGGAAAAGGUGAAAAACAAAUGCUCUAAUUGUGGUGGGUUGGGGCAUUACAAGAAUAAGUGUCCAAGCCCACCUAUUGAUAAGCCAAAGAGGCAGCCUAGAAGACCAAAGAAAGUUGAAGCAGCAGGGCAAGCAGUAGCAGGGAAACCAGUAGCAGGCCAAGCAGCAGGAGCUACCUCAUCACAUUAA